AUGUUCAGCAAAACCUGUGGCGCCUGCCAUAUCACCAGUGGAAAGAUUUGGGGUUUGUGCAUUCUCUUGCUGUAUACCAGCCCUCUCCUCUGUUCUUCGAAUUUCAGCCAUCUCAUCUAUAAAAUAAAAGAGGGAUUGCCUAAGGGGACACUUAUAGGAGCUAUUGGUGCUGACCUAAAGUUGGAUUUCUCUGUUGAUCCCCCUCGAUCAUUUAGUCUGGACCUAAAGAAAUUCAGUAAUCAGUAUGUGAACCUAAAUAAUACCACAGGGGAGCUGUACACAUCUGCUCAGGAGAUUGACAGAGAGACUCUGUGUGCUGAUUCUGCUGACGCUAAAGGCUGUGCCAUUUUUCUGGACAUGCUUAUUCUGCCUCAGCAGUACUUUGAACUUGUUAAGGUGAAAAUCCUCAUUGAGGACGUCAAUGACAACGAUCCCCGUUUCCCCUCGGACGAGAUCCAGAUUCUAGUGCCGGAAAACGCACCAGUGAAUGCAAGGUUUGCAGUGGAACAGUCGGCAAUGGAUCCUGACUUGGGGAUUUAUGGGGUACAGACAUACUGGCUAGACAAUGAUUAUGGAGUGUUCACACUGGAUGUUGAAGAGAACGAGGGAGGUGAACUUACACCCUUCCUUAUUGUGACUGAGUCUUUAGAUAGAGAAACUCGGGCAGAGUAUGUGACUGACAUUAAAGCAGAGGAUGGGGGUUCACCUCCUCGUGUAGGCACAGCUAGUCUCAGAAUCAUUAUCACAGAUGUCAAUGACAACUGCCCCAAAUUUACAGAGUCACAAGUGAAUGUCACUCUUAUCGGGAAUGCCUCCAGAGGAUCCCAGCUGGCGCGUGUCCAUGCCUUUGACCCAGACCUGGGCGAUAAUGCUCUAAUCAUGUACACCUACAGUGAACGGAUCAGCAGGGAAACCCGGAGCCUGUUUCACUUGGAUAAAGUCACAGGUGUCAUCAAGCUUGCAGGAAAGAUAGACAUCAACACCUCAAAGUUCUACAAGUUGAUUGUGCUAGCCAAUGGGGUGGGCUGUAUCCCUGAAGUGGUGAUGGUCAAUGUCCAUGUCAUCAAGGUGCUCUCAAGCCCACCCACCAUCAUACCACGCUUCAUUGCUUCGGAGAAAGAUGGUGUAAUCUCAUUAAGUGAAUCUGAACCACCGUUGUCACCAGUUGCAUUUUUCACAGUGAAGAACGCAGACCCAAGGCAAAAAGUGGAGUGUCUGCUAGAAGGGACUGGUCCAUUCAGGUUGUCCCCCUAUAAAAACUUUAAAAAUGAAUAUCUGCUGGAGACCACUGAAAUGCUUGAUUACGAACAACAGCAGGAGUAUGAAUUGACUGUAGUGGUCAAGAACUCUCAUGGUCUCGUCAUAAAGACACUGGUGAAGGUACAGGUAGUUGAUAUGAACGAUAAUGCGCCAGUGUUUAAACAGGCAGUGAUUGACAUCACGGUGGAAGAGAACAAUCCUCCAAAUACAUUCUUGACCAAGCUGCAAGCCACAGACAAAGACAGCGGCAGCAGAGGUGAGGUGUUGUACCUUAUUGGAUCUGAUGCCCCCUCUAUCUUCCACUUGGACCAGAUAACUGGAGUAUUGACUGUGUCCACUUCCCUUGACCGUGAGGAAAAGGAGACAUACCGUUUCAUGGUGCGGGCAGUGGAUCGCGGCUUGCCGAGGAAGGAGUCCAUUGCCACGGUAACCGUUACUGUACAAGAUCGAAAUGACAACAGUCCACGCUUUAUCAACAAGGACUUCACUUUCUUUGUUCCAGAGAACUUUCCAGGCUUUGGAGAGAUUGGUGUGUUGUCUGUCACAGAUGCAGAUGCUGGGGAAAAUGGUUGGGUGGCAUUGUCUAUCAUUAACGGCAGUGAUAUUUUCAUGAUUGACACAGGACGUGGGGCACUACGAGCCAAGACCCCCCUGGACAGGGAACAGCAGGGGACAUAUUACCUAUGGGUCGAAGCUGUGGAUGGGGGCGAGCCUGCCCUCUCCAGCAUCACCAUGGUCACUGUGCUUCUCCUAGAUGUCAAUGACAACCCACCUAUUGUACUUUUCCCUCAGUCCAACCAGUCUUACAUGUUGGUACUGCCCAAUACACUCCCAGGAACAUCCAUUACGGAGGUAUAUGCUGUGGAUCGUGACACUGGCAUGAAUGCAGUCAUUGCUUAUAGCAUCAUCAAACGGAAAGGAGGUGAGCCAGGCUCGUUUGAUAUUGAUCCGGACACGGGGAACAUUACAUUGAGGAAAGCACUUAGCAACAGGGGUCUCUACAGUCUGCUGGUCAAAGUCAGUGACCACGGUCAACCUGAACCGCUCCAUUCUACAGUACUGGUUAACCUGUUUGUCAAUGAGACUGUGAGCAACGAAAGUUAUAUUCAGAGCUUGCUCACUCGAGAAAACAUAGAAAAUGAACCUACAAUAUUAAAACCAGAGAAGAUUACCAAGGAGAAAGAGCUUUUCCCCUGCCAGUUGGUACUGAUCACUCUGUCAGUCAUUUGCCUGGGACUGCUUCUGGUGGUGGUCUCAUUGAGCACAUACAUAUGCUGUAAGUUAAAAAAGCAUAAAAAGAAGAGAUCAGAGCCUGAGACUUCAGGGGAAAUUAACUGUGACCUACUGGCAGCAGAUAAAAAGGCCCAGGAGAUUUCAAAUUUAUGA